UUCUUUUGAAUCUAGUUGGCGGGAGUCGCGGGCUGCGGUGCGAACUGGCCAGCUAUGGAGUCCACUUCGGGGAGUGAGGAGACAGAAGGAGGCGCGGCGACAGGGGAGUGCGUGAAUACAAUCCCGGUGCCAAGACCACCCUCCAUUGAGGAGUUCACCAUAGUGAAGCCCAUUAGCCGCGGUGCAUUCGGGAAAGUGUACCUGGGGCAGAAAGGCGGCAAGUUGUACGCAGUGAAGGUUGUCAAAAAAGCAGACAUGAUCAAUAAAAAUAUGACUCAUCAGGUACAAGCUGAGAGAGAUGCACUGGCCCUGAGCAAAAGCCCUUUCGUUGUUCAUCUGUAUUACUCACUGCAGUCAGCAAGCAACGUCUACUUGGUAAUGGAAUAUCUUAUUGGUGGAGAUGUCAAGUCUCUCCUACAUAUAUAUGGUUAUUUUGAUGAAGAGAUGGCUAUAAAAUAUAUUUCUGAAGUAGCAUUGGCUUUAGACUACCUGCAUAGACAUGGAAUCAUCCACAGGGAUUUGAAACCGGACAAUAUGCUUAUUUCCAAUGAGGGUCAUAUUAAGCUGACAGAUUUUGGCCUUUCCAAAGUUACUCUGAAUAGAGAUAUCAAUAUGAUGGAUAUUCUUACAACACCAUCAAUGGCUAAACCUAAGCAAGAUUAUUCACGAACCCCAGGACAAGUCUUAUCUCUCAUCAGUUCUUUGGGAUUUUUCACACCACUUGGGGAAAAAGAUCAAGACUCUACAACCAUGUCCAUAGAUCAGAAGGAGCCUACUUCUCACUCUAGCGGACUACUAAAGUCAUGCCUUGAAAGAGUUGCAUGCAAUCUAGACCCACCAGUGAAAUGCCUGACUUCUAACCUACUCCAGUGCAGGAAGAGGCUGGGCACAUCAAGUACUAGCAGUCAGUCUCGAACCUUCGCAUCCAGUGUGGAAUCAGAGUGCCACAGUAGUCCCAAAUGGGAAAAAGACUGCCAGGAAAGUACCAAGGCAUCUGGCUGUACAAUGAUGAGCUGGAAUGCACUUGAACUGCUUUAUACAAAAUCUACAGAUGCCACUAAGAUAAAAACAGGUCCUGAAUUAGCGCUUUCUCCCAUUCAUGACAGUAGUGCCAUUCCUGCCCCUGGAAGCCACCAUGUGAACCUCCCUAGAAAAUGCUUCUCCGAGGAAAUCUCUUGUGAAGCGAGAGAACUGGAUAUAAAUGAUGAGAACAUGAUCAUUGACAUGAGACAGUCUGGAUUCCCUCAGAACCAUCAGUGGGCUAUAAAGUCUAGUGACAUGUCUGAAGAACACCUUGGUAAAAGAAAUUUUAAAAGAAGUUUUCAAUUGGUUGACUCUAGUCCUUGUCAGGAAAUUAUACAAAGUAAAAAAAACUGUAUAGAGUGUAAGCAUAGUAAGGAAAUGAUAGGUUGCUAUGCAAAUCAAAACACAGGCAUAACAGCUGAAGUCCAGAAUCUUAGGCUAUCAGCAUACAGAAGUCAGCAAAAUGACUCUGCUAAUAAGGAGAACAUUGUCCCCUAUUUUACUGAUAAACAAACCCCAGAAAAAUUACAUAUACCAAUGAUAGCAAAAAACCUUCUGUCUGAACUAGAUGAAGAUUGUGAAAUGACCAGUAAGAAGGGCUGCCUGAGUAAUUCUAAUUUUGUAUGUUCUGAUGAGGAUAGCGCUCCUAAAACUGUCUGCGUGGAUUCAGAUUCAUCUUUUCCUGGAAUUUCUAUGGUGGAAAGUUCACUAGAAAUUCAGACCUCAGAACCAGAUAAAAGCAACAAAGAAUGCUCUUUUGAAGAAUCAAAUAUUGAAGAUCUACCUGUAUUACCAAAGUACCAAGAAAACUCCUUGCCAAAAGAUGAUUGUCAUGCUUCUAUCCAAGACAAUAGCCAAACGUUAGCUUCCUCUUCAAAAGCAUUGAAACCAUUAUCAUGUAAAACAAAUGCCGUAGCUUUUCGAAGCUUUAACAGUCAUAUUAAUGCAUCCUAUAAUUCAGAACCAUCCAAGAUGAGCAUAACUUCUUUAGAUGCUAUGGACAUUUCCUGUGAUUACAGUGGCUCAUAUCCCAUGGCUGUGACCCCUACUCAGAAAGGAAGAUCCUGUAUGUCACAUCAGACUCCAGGAAAUCAGGUCAAGUUGGGAACAUCGUACAGAACUCCAAAGAGUGUGAGAAGAGGGGCAGCCCCAGCAGAUGACGGACGGAUUCUAGGAACUCCAGAUUACCUGGCACCUGAGCUCUUACUGGGUACAGCCCACGGUCCUGCAGUAGACUGGUGGGCACUUGGAGUCUGCUUGUUUGAAUUUCUAACUGGAAUUCCCCCUUUUAAUGAUGAAACUCCACAACAAGUAUUCCAGAAUAUUUUAAAAAGAGAUAUCCCUUGGCCAGAAGGUGAAGAAAAGUUAUCUGAUCAUGCUCAGAGUGCAAUGGAAAUACUUUUAACCAUUGAUGAUACAAAGAGAGCUGGAAUGAAAGAACUGAAACAUCAUCCUCUCUUCGGUGAGGUGGACUGGGAAAAUCUGCAGCACCAAACAAUGCCGUUCGUGCCCCAACCAGAUGAUGAGACAGAUACAUCCUAUUUUGAAGCCAGGAAUAACGCUCAGCAUCUGACCAUAUCUGGGUUCAGUCUGUAAAACACACAUGUCAUUUUUACCUAACCUUGUGAUAUAGAAUUAAGUUUGGCAAUAUGUUCCUUAACACUAGAUUGAUCUAACAGAAGUCAUUAUUAUACCUAGGCUAAUGAGCUUUUAAUUACUAAAUACAACAGCUUUUAUAGAGUUGAAAUACAGUAUGUAAUUCAUCUUUACCUUAAACUGCAUAUAAAUUAUCACAGCUUUUUUUCAUCUUAUUAUCUUAUUUAUUCACUGCACUUUAUGAAGACUAACGUAUCAAUAAAC